ACUGCGGACACAGUACAGGAGAUGACCAGAGACUGCGGACACAGUACAGGAGAUGACCAGAGACUGCGGACACAGUACAGGAGAUGACCAGAGACUGCGGACACAGUACAGGAGAUGACCAGAGACUGCGGACACAGUACAGGAGAUGACCAGAGACUGCAGACAGUGCAGGGAAUGACCAGAGACUGCAGACAGUGCAGGGAUGACCAGAGACUGCAGACAGUGCAGGGAAUGACCAGAGGCUGUAGACAGUGCAGGGAAUGACCAGAGGCUGCAGACAGCAGUGCAGGGAAUGACCAGAGGCUGCAGACAGUGCAGGGAAUGACCAGAGACUGCUGAC